UCCGCAAUCUUUAGUGGACGCAAUACAACAAAUGUUUUUUUUUUUUCAUGUCAGCUCGGCCUAAGCGAAGAAGACCUCCUGCGAGGCGGCCUGCCACAUGUGUAGUUGCUGGUACGGAAAACAGCCCUUCCUCAAGUAUUGCUCAAGAAGUUGACCUUGACGACACCGCAGAAGUCAGUCGAGAUAGUAUCUCCUCUUUGGAAGAAACUGCAGUUGAGCGUGAAUGCACUGAAGACAUCUCGCUUUCGGCAUGUGAGCUACGAAAGGCUCUGCAAGACAUGAAAAAGAAAAUCAAUGAAUUGCAUGAAAGCUUGUUGUCAGUGAAAAAGAAGUUGAAGACAACUACCAGAAAGACAAAGCGGCUGGAAAAAAGCCUUGCUACGCUGACCAAAAACCUAAAGUUUUUGAACGAGGAUCAGAAGGCUGCCUUGGAAACAAAAAGCCGAAAAGGCAGCACAUGGAGUGCAGAAACUAUAAAGAAAGCGUUGCAGCUCAAGUUUACCUGCGGCUCUGCUGGAUAUGACUUGCUCUUAGAACAAGGCAACCUUCUUCCGUCACGCAGAACGCUUUGCAGACGAUUACAGCACCUGUCAUUUAAGCCCGGUGUCUUAACUGAGAUCAUAAUCAUGAUGAAAGUAAAAGUGGCUGCGAUGUCUGACAUCGAAAAAGAUUGCGUUUUAUUCCUGGACGAAAUGGAGAUUCGUAAGGGCGUCGAACUAGACAGAAGUGGUGAUGGCUUUCUUGGCAAGACGACGCUCCCUGAAACUGACCAAGCAGCAAACCACGUACUGGUCUUUAUGGUUGGUGGCCUAAACAAGCGCUGGAAGCAGGUAAUCGCUUAUCACUUCACGGGCGCUUUUGUGAAUGGAGAGAAGUUAAGAGACUUUAUUUUCCAUUUAAUUAGGCUUUGUGCAGAUAUUUCAUUGCGCGUGCUUUGCGUGACAUGCGGCAUGGGGAGUUCCAACCGUGCAAUGUGGCGAAGCCUAAACCUGUCAAGUUCCCGCUAUUCUGUCACUACGUGCACUGUUCCCAAUCCAUGUGACAAUGCUAUGUCGCUGUUCUUUAUGCCAGAUCCUUCACACGUUCUAAAAAAUGUCAGAGGGCACCUCGUACGGAAAGAUCCGAUGCAAGUCAGUGACGAAAUAGUGGCCAAGUACAACUUACCAAGCAGAGAUGUGUCGAUUGAGUACGUUGAAGCAGUGCUAAAGUUAGACACGGAGCAGUUAAAAUGGCUCCCAAUCUAA